UCCCGCCCCUUCUCAGCCGCACCACACAGAGCCCUCGGUGCGCUCAGGCCCAACCUCUACGGGGGCCGAGGCGGAGGGUCUGAAUACGGAAGAAAAACAAUCUGGCGCAAGAGAGCGGAGCGGGACCUGUCGCCGGCGGGGCACAGGCUGGGGCAGCGCCGGCGGGGGCUGAGAGUCGGGAGCCGGCCGGGCCACCGCGGGGGGACGAUGGCGGCAGUGACCCCUCGGAAGACGAACGAACCGAGAAGCAGGAAGCUCAGCAUACAUGUGGUGACAUGGAAUGUGGCCUCUGCAGCACCCCCUCAAGACUUGAAUGACCUGCUUCAGCUGAACAACCAGUGCCCGAAUCUGGACAUGUACAUCAUUGGUUUGCAGGAAAAAACCUGUGGGAUCCUGAGCCUCCUUUCUGAUCCUGCCUUUGAAGAUACCUGGAGCAGUUUCUUCAUGGAUGUGCUGUCCCCUCUGAACUUCAUCAGGGUCUCCUAUGUCCGCAUGCAGGGGCUGCUCCUCCUGGUCUUCGCCAAACAUCAGCAUUUGCCCUUUAUCCAGAUCCUCUCUACUAAUACCACCCCCACCGGCCUCUUCGGGUACUGGGGGAACAAAGGGGGCGUCAACAUCUGCAUGAAGCUCUACGGCUACUAUGUCAGCAUCAUCAACUGCCACCUGCCCCCCCACAUGGGCAACAAUGACCAGCGGCUGGAGCACUUUGACCGGAUCCUGGAGAUGCAGAACUUGGAGAAACUUGAUAUCCCCAACAUCCUAGACCAUGACCUCAUUCUCUGGUUUGGAGACAUGAACUUUCGGAUCGAGGACUUUGGGUUGCACUUUGUUCAGGAAGCCAUAAAAAAGCAGUGCUACGGUGACCUGUGGGAGAAGGAUCAGCUCCGCAUUGCCAAGAGAUUUGACCCACUGCUCCGGGAGUUCCAGGAAGGCCCCCUGCUCUUCCCGCCUACUUACAAGUUUGAUAAGAAUUCCAACAACUAUGACACCAGUGAGAAGAAACGCAAGCCAGCAUGGACUGACCGAAUCCUAUGGAGGUUGAAGCGACAGCCCAAGGAUGACCCUUGCACCACCAGACUGCCAGUCCCCUAUUUCUCCCUGUCGCUGAAGAGCUACGUCAGCCACAUGAUGUACAGCAUCAGUGACCAUAAGCCUGUCACUGGCACCUUUGACUUAGAGCUGAAGCCAUUGGUGUCUGUCCCACUGAUCACGCUAAUACCUGAGGGCCUGUGGACCAUGGAGAACGACAUGUUGGUCAGCUACUCCUUAACUGCAGAGUUCCUCAGCAGCCCCUGGGACUGGAUUGGACUCUACAAGAUGGGACUGCGCCACAUUAAUGACUACGUGUCCUAUGUCUGGGUCAGGGACAACCAGGUCUUGUCUAGCGACCGGCUGAACCAGGUGUACAUCAAUGUCAGUGACAUCCCUGAGACUGAGGAUCAGUUUCUCCUCUGUUACUAUAGCAACAAUCUCCGUUCUGUGGUGGGGAUAAGCAAACCCUUUAAGAUCCAGCCUCGAAUCUUCAUGGGGGAGGACCUACCUGGUAAAAUCCAACCACAGAUCUGAGCAAGGAGGAGAGUGAACCCAGGGCAGAGGCCAGGGCUGGCAGCCAGCUCUGCCUACCACUGCCAGGAUUGCUGGGCCCCAGCAGGAGGCAGUAAGUAGCCUCCACAUCCCAGGGGAGCUCUGACCAUACUCUUCAGCUCUCUCAAGUCCAGAUCUCUGGGACCCACUACUUAAAUACAAGUUUUUGUUGCUGAGAUGUGAGUGAAACCAGCCAGUCUGUCAACAGUGAAGAGCAGGGACAAUGACUGAAUGUGGGAAGGACCCUCCAGGCUGCAUCUCAUUCCGUGACUUUCCCACACACACUCCCAGUCUCACCCAAGCAGGCCUGCCAGGCACAUGCUCCAGCUGGCACAGACCUGCAUUCUUAUCAUGCCAUCCUGGGCUUGCCUGGGAGGAGGAGAUGCUCCAUACACUGGUUGGCACAAGCAGCAUUGGGUUUCAGGAGUCUUGGCAUUAUACUGCUUGUCCUGAGGGAUGGGCAGAGGGCCUGAGGACACCCCUCUUUCAGCAGAAGUAGUAUGACUAAGACGAUGGGGGCGAGGUGCUUUACUCAGACUUAUAUGUCAGGGUUAUGAGCCGGCUGAUGAGUUUCCUUCUGCCAGCCUCCUUGUCCCCUUGCCCAGAGAAUCUAACCCAGGAAAUUCCAAGGCCUGAGCAGUAGACCCAGGUUCACUUCCUUUUUAUUUUUACUUUUACCAGUGGCUUGUUUUUUGUUUGGUUGGGUUUUUGGGGGGUUUUUUUUUUGUUUGUUUUUUAAUCACUUCUCACUGGCUUCUGUUGUGCAGGGGAUUGAAUUUGGGACUUUGAAGCUUCAGGCUUGAGAGUCACUUUGCAUAACCAUAUGCUAUCUAUCCCCACCCUUACUGGUUUUUGUUGUUGUUGUUGUUGUUUGUUUGUUUAUUUUCUCUCACACCAGUACUAAUCUGUGUCUUAUGCUGAUGUUGGGGAUUGAACCUGGGAGCUCAGAGCCUCAGACAUGAAAAUCAUUUGCAUAGCUCUUAUGCUGUGUCCCCAGCCUCCCUACAGGUUCACUUCUGCUGGUGAGACAGGCCCUAAGCUGCAUGUCCCCAACCUGCCCUCUUGUGAAGGGUUGGCAGAUGGUAGAGUUAUAGCCACAGAGUUUGCCAGGAUGAUCCUUGCCAAGUAGAGCUGAUCUAGCCCUUUGCUUGCCUGCAGUCACUGGCAAGAAACUGCCCCUGCUAAGCCCUGUGGCACCCAGAAAAAGGGGCAUGGAAAGAGGAGAGCUGGGCGCAAGACAUUUGGGGAAAUCUGGCCCUGAGUGGCGUCUUCAAAGAGCAUUCUCCAGGUAUAGAGGACAUAGUCUGUCCCUACUCCUACCACUGGCCUGUAGCCACUUGUGACUUAGUGACUCUUCUGCUUGGACGCCUCAGGGAGCCCGCACUGUGACUGUCAUGCCCAUGCUGCAACCUGAGACCCAGGACUCUCCUGUCAAUAUGCUCCGUCCCGGAAGCCAUGUGUACCCUCAGGCUCUGCCCCUGACCUCUAAGUGGGCCUUGGUUGUGUGUGUUCUGUGUCUUUACACUGGGGGAUAAUUAGAAACACGGCUUUUA